AUGGCAGACUGUAAGUCAGGAUAUUUUGGUGACAAGUGUUUGCGAAGAUGUCAUUGUAAGAGCCAAUGUGAAGUUAUUUCUGGCAACAACUGCACCGUUUGUGAGCAUGGUUGGGAGCCACCUACAUGUGAAGAAUGUUCUACCGGUAGUUAUGGUGACAAGUGCUCUAGCAAUUGCAGUCAACAAUGUAUUGCUGAAGAGUGUCACCAUGUCAGCGGGAUGUGCAACCUUGGAUGCAAGCCUGGAUAUGAUAUCCUGAUAGAUCCUAUGUGUGAAACCCUAUGCGAACUUGGCAAAUAUGGAGAAGGCUGCAUACACGAUUGUCACUGUGCAAAUGGAAACAUAUGUGACGGUGUAACAGGUGACUGUGCUCCAUCGGAAUGUGAGCAGAGAUGGAUUGGGUCCUCAUGUAACUCCCAUAAAAAUGAUGAGCGGAGGUUUACCGCUUCCGAGGUUGCCGGGGUUGCUGGAGGUUCGGUAGGAGGUUGUCUUCUGCUGCUCGGACUGGUGUUUGCUUGCGUUCUUGUAUAUAGAAGAUACAAGUCGGCAUCGACGAAAUUAGACACAACUAACGUUACUCCGUGA